AUGGUGUGCAACCGAUGUGUGGGCCAUGCAGCAAAAGGACCGGACGCGGAGUUCAUUGCGUUUAUACAGGGGAAUUGGAGAAGAAAAGAGCACGACAAACGCAAAUACAUCUCCAAUCUGGAAUCCCGGAUUAAACAACUUGAAAGCCCCCAAGAUUCCGAGAAGACCCAGGGAUCAGGCCAUACACCGUGCGUGAAUACACCGACACCGACUUCUGGUAUUGGACAGCCCAAUACAUCCCAGAGUUAUGCACGAAACAUUCCGAGUGAGCGUAACAUAUCUACUCUCAUCGGUGAUGGCGAUGGCGUCAAUGCGAUGAUGGGUGCUGUCGAGGAAGAGCGUGCUAGCCAGGGAUUCUUCGGAAGCUCUAGCGCAGCAGGAUUCAUGCGUCAAAUUAGGACCGCAGUCGACAAGAGGGUAUUGUCUCCACACCUGGGGUCUUCGCUACCUCAUACUGUUAUUCCAUCGAACAUCAUUCCGAAACGGUCCGAGCGACCACAGUCAUCUGUGGCAAAUUACGUGCUACCGCCGCGGAAAAUGGCAGACAGCCUGAUGCAGGUGUAUUGGGAUUAUGUUUUCCCAUUGUAUCCGUUUCUGAUCCCUGACGAGAUGAAGGAUGAGUAUGAAAAGAUCUGGAGUGGUGAGAGCCUGGAGUAUGAUGAAAGCAUGCUGAUGUGCACUCUUAAUGUUAUCUUUGCUCUGGCUAGUCAGCUGGCUGAUUUCGUCCCACCGACAGAGCGAGAAACAUCCGCAGAUGUCUUCUUCUCCCGGGCGAAAGGUCUAUUUCAGUUCAACUUAUGGGACACUGGAUCCAUUGGUCUGAUUCAAUGCUUACUACUUAUGGCUCAAUAUCUGCAAAGCACCGAUUCUGCACAUCAAUGCUGGAUUGUCACGGGGCUCGCAAUUCGUAACGCGCAAAGCCUGGGACUUCAUCUCCCUCAAACCAUCAACCGCCUUCAAACCUUCCGAGAACGGCAAUUGGCGCGCAAAAUAUGGCACGGGUGUAUUUUGAUGGAUAGAGUUAUAUCUAUGACAUUUGGCCGUCCUGCGAUGAUCUCAAAGACCUCCAGUGGUGCAGUUCCUCUCCCAGCCGCCGUGGAUGAAGAAUACAUCCCCCCUGGAUCAAAUGUGGAAGUAGCCCAGCCAUCGAACCUGCCUUCCAUCAUGGCAUUCUUCGGCAAAUCGUUGGAGCUUUACGAGAUUAUGAACGAUGUUCUUCUCAGCCUUUACAAGCCCAUGUCGGAUGAAGGUUCAGAUGAUAUUCAUGAUUUCUACUUUAAUAACGUCGCCAGCGAAGGGGAUAGGACAAUAUUCGAGCUUGACCGGUCUCUGGCGCGAUGGGCGCGAAGCCUUCCUCCCCAUUUGCGCGAAGGAUCCUCAUUAGCACCUGGAAACCCUAUCUUCUGUCGCCAAAGCAUUGUCUUACGCGCAAGGUUUUUACACGCUGCCCAGGAAUCAAUCGAGCUCAUCUACAACAACGUUCCUGCGGAUGGCACCGGGGGCCCGCUACCAGCCUGGUGGUACAAUGUUCUCUAUGUUUAUACAUCUGCCACAGUCUUGAUUGCCGGCCGAUUAUGCUCUGCGAUCCUUGCUGAAGUAACAGAAGAUUCUGUCACACGGUCCUGGAACUGUGCACUCGAAAUCCUUCGCAAGUAUGAGAGCUAUAGCACGUCCGCACGACGUUGCGUGGCUGCCCUUGAAAUUCUCUAUGAACAAGUUGUAUCUGAGGGAUUGCAAAACCCCAGCCACACGCCUCGUCCAGAUUUUUCGGUCACCUCGACGACUGCAUUGAAUGAGAUGUCCUUUGGGGAAGGCAUGAAUGCGGCCUUCUUGGACAGUUUUGAACUUCCCGACUUCCAGGAUAUGUCUUGGUUAAAUAGUGUCCCGAGUAAUCUUUUCUAG